GAUAUGCAUUGAGAAAAAGCUUCUGCUGACCAUGCCGAAUACAUGCCCAUUUCCUGAUUGUGGAAAAAAUGUUGAUAUCAUAGAACCAUUUCCUACUAAUCAGGAGUCACCAUCCCAAUCAAGUGAACUUAACCAACAGGAUGAAUGA